AUAUCACUUUUUUGUAGAAGAAUCUAACAAGCCUCACACUUUUGCACAGUAUGUAGUCAACGUUACAUGCUUUUAGAUAUAGUGCCCCUAACUUUUUUUCUUGACAGACACAUGUGCUAGGAAUUAGUCCAACUGUCCUGACAAGUUGUGGACGGGGUGGCACAUCAUCUUCUGCCAUGGUAAAAGAUCUGGCGGUGGCAGUGUUUGGGAGAGACACGUUGGCCACACAUGGGCUGUCUGGAAGAGCUGGCAAUGCUAACAAAGACGCUAUAGCAAAGCCAGCUCUUGACCAGGACAAAGUUGUGCAGAUCCUAGACACAGUACAGAAAAAAUUUCCGGAUGUUCCAAAAAAGUUCAUCAGGGCAGCACUAAGAGAGAAGUUGAAUGAUGAGCACAAGUUACGAGUAAGGAAAACAGUGUAGAGGCUUCAUUUGACUGAUAGAGCAACAUUUGGCUGCAUGCAUGUGAAUUGGACUCCGCUUCUCUCUGCUCUGC